GCCAAUCGGGUCGGGUUUUUUUUAAGAUUUUGACCCGAUUAGAUUUUUUGACCCGACUCAUCCUCCAAUCAAAACUCUCCGAUCCUUUUAAAUUCGAAUUUCCAAAAAAAAAUCAACUAUUUCGACUAAAUAUUCUCUUAUAACUGCCCCGCAAUAAUCGUUAGCCAUAUAGUUAUGAUACUUACCUUAACCAUUAGCAUAGAUUUCGGAGUAUAUCCUACUAAUACAACUUACCAAAAAAAAAAUCCACAUAAAAUCUCUCAUUCAUUUCGAUUACACUAUCAAGUAGAUGUCAACUGCCUCUAAUAAAAAAGAUAUGAUCCUUAUUUUCUCACAGUAUAUGCUAUAACUCCAACUUCCCAAAACAAAAAAUCCACAUAAUAUCUCUCAUUCAUUUCGAUUACACUAUCAGUUAUUACUCAGACGAUUUGGUAUCUCAAGUAUAUGUCAACUGUCCCUAACCAAAAAGAUAUGAUCCUUAUUUGCUCACAGUAUAUGCCAAUCAGAAUAUUUUUUCUGAUAUUCAAACCGUGGUAAUCAAGAUAUGCGUGGAUUCUAUCACAAAUCCUUAAUUCCCUACCAAUUCACUAUAUAUAUUGAAACAUUUCUAUGAUAUUCUUCACGCUUCACAAUAGAAACACUAACACAGCUAAAUACAUACCAGAUAAUUGAAAUGGCUGCCUCUUUUGCUUUCUUGAGAGACAUCAGGCCUUACAAGACCUCCUGGCGUGUGCAAGUUAAGGUGCUUCACUCAUGGCGCCAGUAUACUAACCUCACAGGAGAAACACUAGAGUUAGUAGUGGCUGAUGCACAGGGUAUGAAGAUUCAUGCAUCUAUCAAGAAGGACUUGGUUAGCAAGUAUGUGAACCAUCUGCCUGUUAAUGAGUGGAGGUUUAUUGAGACCUUUGCUCUUAAUCAUGCAUCUGGUCAAUUCCGACCAACUGGUCAUCUCUAUAAGAUGUCCUUUGUCACUGGGACAACUGUCCUGCGAUGUGAUCCAGUCUCUGACUCCAGCUACCUGUCCUUGGCUACUUUCCCAAACAUUCUGAAUGGGGACUUAAAUCCUUACAUGUUGAUUGAUGUUAUGGGACAGGUUGUUAACAUCGGUGAGUUGGAAACUCUGGAAGCUAAUAACAAGCCAACUACUAAGUUGGACUUUGAAUUGCGUGAUGAAAAUGAUGAGCGACUGUCCUGUACCCUGUGGGGAUCAUUCGCUCAGCAAGUGUUUAAUGCCUGCGAUGCUGCUGAUGGAGCCAGAGUCAUCUGUCUUAUCAGAUUUGCCAAGAUUAAGGCAUACAAAGGAGUGAGAAGUAUAUCUAACUCUUUUGAUGCUACUCAAGUUCUCAUCAAUCCACCUAUCCCAGAGGUUGCAGCUUUUCUAACAGCUUUACCUGCUGACGGCCUUGCCCUUACAUUCCGUGAGAGUGUGCCCAAGUUUCAAAUGGUUACAGUGGCAAAGGAUGAUUCCUAUCUGCAGUAUGAGAGGAAGACAAUUUCAGAGCUAUUGAGUUCUAUGGAGAUUGGUAAAGUUAGGGUUGUUUGUACAAUCUAUGGAAUUGACACUGACUGGGCAUGGUAUUACUUUAGUUGCCGUAAUUGCAACAAAAAGGUAACACACAUACAUUCUGGUAUUAAUUCCGGUUCAUUGAAGAAGCCAAAACCUAGAUUCUGGUGUGAUGUCUGCAAGAAUGCUGUCACAAAUGUUGUUGCAAAGUACAUGCUUUAUGCUAAAGUGAUGGACAACACAGGUGAAACAAAAUGCCUUCUGUUUGAUAGUAUAUGUGCAGACAUUGUUGGUGAAUCUGCAGCAACUGUGUUAGGUGGAUCGUUUGAUGAGAUUGAGGAUCCAGAAGACCUGCCAGAUGUGGUUCAGAAUUUGAAAGGGAAGACUUUCCUUUUUCUUCUCUGUGUUGAGAAAGAAAACAUUUGGGAUGGGAAAGAUUGUUACAAAGUUUCCAGGGUGCUGUCUAAACACGGUCUCUUAGGAGAUGAGGCCCCAGAAGAUUCAGAUCAGUUGGUCAAUCCUGCAUCAAUUGUUUCUGGAGACCAGCCACUGUUGUUGACAAUGAGUCAGGAUACAGAAGACUCAGUUACUCCAUCGUCUAAACGUGUUUAUGCCCUAAACAGUUCUGAAACUGAUCAAGCCUCAAGUUCUAAGAAGGUUUGUAUUCAGCCUGUGGACUUGGUUAAGUCCUCACCAGAGUUUAGAUUUGAGGUUGAUUCUGGAAAGAAGGAUGAUGAACAUGGUGCUGGAGAUGUUAAGGAUGGUGUGAUCAAAGGUGAAGGUGUUAAGAUUGAUGAUGGUGUAUCUGUCAAUGGACAGAAGGUGGAGGUCAAGCCGGUGGAAAAGUUGAUGAGUGUCAAGAUCAAGAGGGAGAUCAAGAAGGAAAAGAAGUGAUCUCAUGAUCAGUGAAAUGGGAGUGUCGGUUUUAGUCAUGUUUUCUUAUUGUUUUCCCCUUUGAUCUUUCUAUUUUCAUUUACUUUAAACAGUUGUUUCCCUUUAGUUAUUUAAGUUUCCCAA